UUAACAAAACAAUAAUAAGGAGAAAAUUUACAGGAAUUUGGGGCGACUUUCAACGACUCAUCAUCUGGACUUUGUAUUCCGCGGUUUUUCUUGGUCGUCUUCUCUAUCCAUCUAUCUCUCUGUUCAUAUAUCCGCGGAAGAAAUAGAGCUCCAGACGUUGAAUUCCCAUAUCACGCAUUAAAACCCGGGAUUUUAAAUUCUUUUUCAGCCUCUAUUCUCUAGUUCUUCCGCUUAGCUCGAUUUUCAUUUUGAAUUUUCACCAAUUUUUUUUAAUUAUUCAUUUUAUUUUUAUUUCGUUUUCUGGGUUGGGAGGAACUGAGUUUUCAAUGGGAACUCCGGAAUUUCCAGAUCUGGGAAAGCAUUGCACUGUCGAAGAUUGCAAACAGAUCGAUUUUUUGCCCUUCUCCUGCGAUCGCUGCAACAAGGUAUUUUGUUUGGAGCAUCGAAGCUACAUUAAGCAUAGUUGUCCAAAAGCUGAUAAACAAGAUGUCACCGUGGUCAUUUGUCCUCUCUGUGCUAAAGGAGUUCGUCUAAUUCCUGAUGAAGACCCAAAUAUUACUUGGGAGAGACAUGUUAACACCGACUGCGACCCAUCAAAUUAUGAGAAAGUCACAAAGAAGAAAAAAUGCCCUGUUCCUGGCUGUAAGGACAUCCUAACAUUCUCAAACACAAUAAAGUGUAGGGACUGCUUGGUAGACCACUGUCUGAAGCAUCGGUUUGGACCUGACCACAAAUGUCCAGGACCCAAGAAACCUGAACCAAGUUUCCCAUUUAUGGGCCUUUUAAGUAGAAGUAAGAAAGAAGAUCCAAACUCCAACAGAGCUCCUCUGACUGCUUCUUCACCUAAGUGGGCUACAAGUUUUCUUAAUGCUGCUUCAAGUGUUCGAGCCUCUGCUGAAGCAAGCGUCACUAAAUUGAGCAAUGAAAUUAGCGAAAAGUGGCAGAUUGCAAGGGAUGGUAUGGCGCAGAGCAGUAGCAGUGGGAGUAGAAAUGGCCAAAAGGAAGAGUGUCCUCAAUGCGGUGCCAAAUUUUCUUCUGUAACAACUCUGGUGGAGCACGUGGAGAAAGUCCAUGAAAGGGGUGGCAACCGAGCUGGAGGAAAGAAAGUGACAAUUGAUGUUUGCCCCAAGUGCAGUCGAGGAUUUCGUGAUCCAGUAUCACUUGUAGAACACGUUGAGAGAGAUCAUGGUGGUACCUCAAAAGCGUAAAUUUUGAUGACAAAACAGGUUUUACUUUUGGGGAAAGUUAAUUGUACUUCUUGUUGCACAUAUCAUAUGUGGUUUUAAUGCUGCCAAAUGCAAAAAUGUUUUCAGCAGCCAGCAAAUUGUUUGUGUUUCUAAUUGUAAUAUAACCAAACAUGAUUCCUUGUUGCAUGCUUGAAUCAAUUGUUCAAGUCAAAACUUAGCUCGUGAAUCAUUUGCUCGUAUGAGUUGUACGGCUGCUCAUAGUCGGACAUGGAAAACGAACGUUGAAUUUGUUUUGUUGGAGUACAGAAAUACCAUUUUCAGGUUUUUGCUUUCA